GUGGCAUGGGCUAUCUUGCACGUCUCGCUUCCAAAGGACCUGGUACACUCCUUUUGCGCGCACCGCCAUGCUCGUCCUGGACGCGCGUCUCGCGUGGGACGACGUGGCGAACCAUGCUAAAUCCCAUGGGACUGUCCUAUGCUUUCGUUGAGUCAGCCAAUUUGACCAUCUCACGGCUUACUCUCAUCCUGCUGGUUGCAGAGUGUGUCCAAUGCUGCUGGAUGGUGGAGCAACCGACAGGGAGUUCAGACACAAUGCCAUAUCAUCCCAGGCUGUCUUGGUUCAUGAACCAAGCAGUUUAUGCACCUUGA